UCCGCCCGCUUCAUAUUCGUCCCAGGAGCUGCAGAAAAUAUCAUUGCGCGGGUAUUUAAGAAAAAUUAUAGCGGAUAAUUGAUUCCUCUUUGUUGCCACUGCUUCAUCUUCUCCACCGAUUUCUUCAAUCUUCAUUCGUUUCAAUGGCACUAGGGUUUCAUCUGAAUUAGAGGCACUGCUCGCUCCAAACGGAACCAUGAGUUUCUCUCUAGCAGCUCCUUCGGCUUUUCGCGGGAAUCUCCUCCCUCCUCUGUCCCACUGCACCUCUUGCUUCGAAUUUGAUCUCCGUUUUCACCGCUCCCACGGCUUUCCUCAUUCGCGUUGUCGGUUUACUUCGUUCAAGUUGUUUCGGAACCCGAGAUCGAGCCGGAGAAGAGGGAUUGCUUGUAGUGCUACUGAGCCACCAAACGGCAGCGACGAGCAGGAGAAAGAAGCAUAUAAAAAUGAAGAAACACUACCUUCGGAAGAUUCCUCUGUGCAAAGUACCUCUCCUCCUGUAGAUGGAGAACAACUAAACGAAUUUAGUGAUGCAAAUAAGGAUCAAAAUGAUGUGCAGAGUUUGGAUAGUGAUGAAGUUGCCAGUGGAUCACCUCUGCCAGGUGUGAAGCCUCAGAAAUUGGAUGAAGCAAUAAAAAUUCCCAAGGAAACAAUCGAAAUUCUAAGGAGCCAAGUUUUUGGCUUCGAUACUUUUUUUGUAACAAGCCAAGAUCCUUACGAGGGUGGAGUGCUGUUCAAAGGGAACUUGCGAGGGCAAGCUGCUAAAAGUUAUGAUAAAAUUUCUAAGAGAUUGAAAGAUAAAUUUGGAGACGAGUACAAGCUUUUUCUUUUAGUAAAUCCAGAGGAUGACAAGCCAGUGGCUGUUGUAGUUCCAAGAACAACCUUACAACCAGAGACAACUGCCGUACCUGAGUGGUUUGCUGCUGGAGCUUUUGGACUGGUUACGGUUUUUACCUUACUUAUUCGCAAUGUUCCUGCUUUGCAAUCCGAUUUAUUAUCAGCUUUCGACAAUCUGAACUUGUUAAAGGAUGGCCUACCUGGAGCCCUUGUUACUGCACUUAUUCUGGGGGUACAUGAACUUGGCCACUUUUUAGCUGCUAAAGACACUGGAGUUAAACUUGGGGUCCCGUACUUUGUUCCUAGCUGGCAGAUAGGCUCCUUUGGUGCCAUUACGAGGAUAAGAAACAUAGUACCAAAUCGCGAAGAUCUGCUCAAGGUUGCAGCUGCCGGACCAUUAGCUGGCUAUUCCUUGGGUCUUUUGCUUCUGUUUCUUGGUUUUGUCUUGCCUCCCAGUGAUGGUCUUGGUGUUGUUGUUGAUGCUUCCGUGUUUCACGAGUCGUUUCUUGCCGGUGGUAUUGCAAAGCUGCUUCUUGGCAACGUUCUCAAGGAAGGAACUGCAAUUUCUAUCAACCCUCUAGUGAUUUGGGCUUGGGCAGGACUCCUUAUCAAUGCCAUCAACAGCAUUCCUGCCGGAGAGCUUGAUGGAGGGCGAAUUUCUUUUGCUCUAUGGGGAAGAAAGGCUUCAUUACGCUUCACAGGAGUUUCAAUUGCGUUGCUAGGACUCUCGUCACUGCUUAAUGAUGUAGCUUUCUACUGGGUAGUUCUCAUUUUUUUCUUGCAAAGAGGUCCAAUUGCACCACUCUCGGAGGAAAUAACUGAUCCUGGUGAGAAAUAUGUUGCCAUUGGAAUAACAGUUUUGCUCUUAGGCUUGUUGGUAUGCCUCCCAUACCCUUUCCCAUUUACAGACGAAACCCUCACAAGUUUCUAGACAUAGUUGCCUCAUAAACUCUGGCAGUGUCCCUUUAGACUGCUAGAAAAUUUUAUAACUGAUUAGAAGGUAGGAUUUUUGGUGAAUUAUACUUUCGACGUUGGCUCAUGCCGGGUGAAUAAUCACACGUCAAAUUUUUAGGCUGCAUACAUCCUAGUUUAGUUAUUCAU